CAAAAACAAGUCAAAACAUGCUUUUAAAAACUGUACGGGCAUUACCAUAAAUUUACUUACCUCACUCGCAUAAAACCGAAGACUCGAUCUCAGUGCUAAACUGACAGAACUAUCAGGAACCUAAUCAAAAUAUCCAAGAAUUAAUUAUCGUACCAUGGAUUCAAAAGGACUUAAAGAGGGAAAAUUGGAUAAGGGUCAAUUGCUUUUUUCUUUUCUUUUUUUCUUCUUUCUUUCUUCCCCAGCCAUUUCGCAUUUCUGCUCUUCCCGACCCCCCUGCAUCCGGCCGAAGCCCCCAGCUACCGCCACCCAUUUCCGGCUGAAAAACCGAAUUUUCAGAUCUGCUCUGCUCCUCCUUCUCACCGCCGGCUGCUCCUGCUUUGUGGGGGCGAAUUGCUCUGAUUUUUCGGUCCGGUUUGCAGCUGGAAAAUUCGGGUUCCCGAUCGUUCUAUCAGUUAUCACUGAGAUUGAGUUUUCGGUUUUAUGCGAGUGAGGAAGCGAAACCGAGGACGGGGAAACCACAGGAAGUGACGAGUUAGAAGGCUAGCCAUUUCAAGAUUGAUAUAGAUUUUAGAAAUAAAUUAUGCUUUUGUAAGAUAGAUUUUACCUUGAAUUUAUGAGAUCAAAACAGAUUUUAUGAGAGUAGAUUUUUGUGAUAUGAUUUAAGUUAUCGGAUUGUCAGAUGUGAAUU